AUGACUUCUUAGGUUAUCUAUGAUAUGUCUGAAUCUAAUAUAAGGUUAGUAACAUUUUCAGUUGUUUCUCACCCUACUUCUGCCAUUCUUAGGUAAGCACUAAUGGCACAAGAAAAUAGUGAACUCUAUGUAGUUUUUGUUCCAUACUUUACACCAAGUCAUAUAAUCCCCUUAGUUGAUAUAGCUAGACUUUUUGCUAGCCAUGGAGUCAAAGUGAGCAUUAUAACCACACACUCUAAUGCCCUCCUUUUCGAGUCCUCUAUCAAGGAUUCUGGCAACCAGAUCUUCAUCCACAAACUCAAGUUCCCAUCUGAGGAAGUAGGCUUACCAGAAGGGAUCGAAAACUUCACUGCAGUCACUGCCUCAGAAAUGGCUAUGUUAUUUAUGGGAAUUGCUUUGCUUCAGAAACCAAUUGAGGAUCUUAUUGUUGAGCUUCGUCCUCAUUGCAUUAUUUCAGAUGUGUGCCUUACAUGGACGGUGGACGUAGCUGAGCAACUGAAGAUACCUAGAGUUACAUUUUAUCCACAUAAUCUUAUGUACCACUGUGUUGAACAUUGUUUGAACGUGCAUACACCUCAUGAGAAGGUAAGUUCGGAUUCAGAAAGUUUCUUGAUUCCGGGUUUACCAGAUCAGAUUGAAAUGAAAAGAUCUCAAUUGCCAGAGGGUAUUAAAACCAAACCUGAAGGACCAUUCUGGGAAAUGAUGAAGAGAAUUAAAGAAUCAGAACCUCGAAGCUAUGCCGUGAUUCAUGACACUAUCUAUGACCUGGAGUCUACUUACGCUGAGCUUUACAAGGAAAUCAAAGGUAAAGAACCAUGGUUGAUUGGUCCUUUGUUUCAUUUUUCAAAGAGAGAAGAAGCAAGCAAUUCAAGGAACACUUCAGUUCAAGAGCGACACAGCUGCCUAAGUUGGCUCGAUUCUCAAGAACCAAACUCUGUUGUGUACAUUUGUUUCGGAAGUAUGGGCAGGUUUUCUGAUGCUCAGCUCUAUGAAAUUGCCUUGGCUCUUGAGGCCUCAAAUUCAUCGUUUCUUUGGGUGGUAAAGAAGGGAGACAAACCCCAAGAAAAUGAGCAAGAAAGCUGGAUGCCUACUAGCUUUAAGGAAAAAAUGCUUACAAACAAGAAAGGUUUGAUAGUCAGAGGAUGGGUGCCACAGCUGAAGAUCUUGAACCAUCCAGCAACUGGAGCGUUCAUGACUCAUUGUGGCUGGAACUCCACCCUAGAAUCUCUUACAGUCGGAGUGCCAAUGCUGACAUGGCCCUUAUUCGCGGAGCAGUUCUACAAUGAGAAGCUGGUGGAGGUUCUUGGAUGUGGGGUUAGAGUUGGGGCAGAGGUGUGCCACAGUACUUUUGACAUCACGGAUACAAUUGUCAACAAGGAGAAGAUAGAGGCGAGUGUGAAAAUGUUGAUGAACACCUCCAAGGAAAGUGAAAAGAUCAGAAGUAGAGCAAAAGACGUCGAAACAAUGAUUAAGAGGGCUGUGGAAAAAGGAGGCUCUUCUUAUAAUCAUCUAACUGCACUAAUAGAGGAGCUAAAGUGCCAUGUUUUUGGCACCUUGGAAGUGUAAUUGAAAACUCAAUGCACUAAGCACUCCUUAAUCUUCCUACAAUAAG